AUGGUUGUUGAAGCUGGGGGUUAUGAGUCAUUAACAUUUGAUGAGCGAGAUGCACGAAAUUACAUUGACAAAGCUAGAAAAUUAAGGCUUGGAGAAGGAGAUUCCGAUGCACUUCAAAAAUAUUUUUUGAGGAUGCAUGCACAAAAUUCGAGUUUCUAUUAUAUGUUUGAUGUUGAUACUGACUUUCGCAUAAGAAACUUGUUUUGGGCGGACGCAAUGAGUCGGGCGGCUUACAAAGAAUUUGGAGAUGUUGUUUCAUUUGACACAACUUACCUCACUAAUAAAUAUGAUAUGCCAUUUGCUCCGUUUGUAGGAGUUAACCACCAUGGACAGUCGAUUUUGCUUGGUUGUGGGCUGUUAUCUAGUGAAGACACUGAUACAUUUGUUUGGCUGUUCAAAUCAUGGUUAAAUUGCAUGUCAGAUCAUCCCCCAAAAGCUAUAAUAACUGAUCAGUGCAAAGCUAUGCAAAAUGCGAUAGAAAUUGUCUUCCCCAAUAUUCGACAUCGAUGGUGUUUAUGGCAUAUCAUGAAGAAAAUUCCGGAGAAAUUGAAAGGGUAUUCCCAAUAUAAAUCCAUGAAGAUGGAUUUGCAAAAUGCAGUGUAUGACACAUUCACAAAAGAUGAAUUCGAGAUGAAAUGGAAAGAGAUGAUUGCAAAAUUCAAUCUUUAUGAGAAUCAAUGGUUGGGGGUGUUAUAUGAUGAGCGACAACGAUGGGUUCCUGUAGAGAAAGAGAAGAAAGCUGACUUCAAGUCUCGGCACAAAGUCUUUGAUUGCCUAACUGUGUAUGGCUUUGAGAAGCAAUUUCAAGAUGGCUACACCAAUGCAAAAUUCAAAGAAGUUCAAGCAGAGAUGAAGAGCCUAGUUUAUUGUCAGCCGUUUAUGGUAAAAGAAGAGGGUUCAAUUUGUACAUAUUUUGUAAAGGAAGCUAUGGUACUUUUUGGGAAGAUGAAGCAUGUGGACUUUGUUGUCUAUUAUAAUUCGACCGAAUUUGAUGUGCAAUAUUUGGAUAGAGGGUACACAUGCAUAAAAACCAUAUACGCUGGCUUUGGGGAUGAUUUCAAUGCAAAGGUGUAUGAGAAGAUGAAUAGAAAAUUGGUUGGCAUUGUACAAUUUGCUGGGAACUGUGAAGGGAAAAUAAAACUUAUCGACCGUGGGUUGGAUGAAAUCAAGGCAAAAGUGAUGAAAGAUGAUGAAGGUGGUGGGAGUAAUGUAGCACCUUCGACUAGUAAUGUACCACCUAUUACUAGUAAUGUACCAUCUUCCCCAAUUGGCAGCAUUAAUAGACACACAAUCAGUCAUACCAAGUUGCUUAGUCCUUUGGUUGCUCGGCGAAAAGGUCGUCCAGUUACUAAAAGAAAGGUUGCCAAAGUAGAUCAAAUAGUGAAUCAGUUGAAGGCAAGCAAAAGAAAACAUAACAAAUCAAAGUGUACGUAG